AUUAAAGACUUAUUGACUAUACAAGAGUUAUUAAUAAUUGUCAUCAAUAAAUCCCUAUUAACAAUGCCCAUUAAUGAUGCCAAUGACUUUGAAGGUUUUAACAGGGUAUUAACAUCAUUGUGUGAUGUUGGCUGUUUGAUAUCAUCGGCUGAUAUUAAAGCAACUAUUGAAACAUGGCGUGCUGUAGUCAAACUAAGUGAAAAGUUUAAUAAUUGUUGCAGUAAUUUUCCAGUUAUUAAAAUAGAGAAUUCUUCAAAUACCGAAAUGCAUUGGUAUGAGAAAGCUAUUUUGGGUAUAUUUAAGGAAUUAAAACAAAUUCUACAACUCUAUAAUAGGAAUAUAACCUCCAGUAGCGAUACCUUGUUACAAAUUGCACAAUUUUAUUUGAAAAUUUUAAGAUUGCUUAUUAAUUAUUCCAAGAUUCAAAUUAAAACAUUUCCAGCUUCAAAGGAAUUUUUGGAAAUAUAUUCUUUUUGUCUGCAUGAAAUGUGGGAAAACAAAAAUCCCAAAAUUGAUUUAUUUAUUAGAAAAGGUCUAUAUGAAAUAUUUUCCCAAAUAAACAAUGAAAAUAGUAUAGUAGAGUGCCUUUUACAACAUUUUAAAUAUGAUGUAAAUAACUUCGAAUCAUGUGAAUUAAUGCUGGACUAUCUUAAAGUUAAGAUGGAACAUUGUGUAAAUAAUCGUACAAAUAUUACAGCCGAUGAUGUAAAUGUAUUAUUAAAGUUUUAUAAUUGUUUAUUUGAAGGACCUUUAAUUUUUGUCGAUAAGGAUAAAUAUGGUAAAAUAUUAGAAAAAUUUGUUGUUUUAACUGCUUUGGACUCAAGCUAUAAACUACAUAAGAAAUUGUGUGAAUAUGUAGUAGACUCAGCAUGGAUAAGAGCUUAUACCAGUAUGGAAAUCUUAAACAUGUAUUACAGUUACAUUUUCAAACACCGGAAAACAGAUAUAGUUUUUAAGUCUUUAGAAUUUUGGAUUAAAAUGUGGAAUAAAUUAAACAAAACUGAUGAAAGUUUAAGACAAUAUAAGAAACUAAUUGAAAUUUUACUUAAAACUAUCUUAUACCAUACAAACACUGAUAAACUACAACAAAAUAUUUCUAAUAAAUAUGAAAAUAUAGAAAUUAUUCUAUUAUUAAGUGGCAAAGAAACUGAACAUUAUCGGCAAUAUUUACAAACAGCAUUAGUGGAAAAUUUAAAUAAAUUACAAAAGCGUCAUAUAAAUGUGACAUGUUAUACAGAAUUGCUCAACUUAUUGGAAAUAUGUAAACUCAAACCACAACUAAUAAAUCACAAUCUUCAGCAAUGCAUUUUAAACACAUUUAUCAGUUUAUUUUCUUUAGCAGACAAGGAACUUCAAAAAUUUCGUGAAUUUAUUAAUAAAACUUUAAGAAUAUUCUAUUUAAAACAUGAUAAGCAACUUAAUGACAGACUAUUAUUAUUUCUAAUGGAACAUGAACAGCAAUGCUUUACUAUACAAAGUGUAUUUCUAAUGGAAUUUUUGCUACAACAAAAACCGAUUUCUAUUAAAUUAUUACAAACUUUACAAACGUCCAACAUACAACAGACUACUAACGUAAGAGAUUUGCUAGAAAACACAACUAUAAAUAUAGAUCUAAUAGAUUUAAAAGUUUUUCAAGAUUUAAACAAAACUUUACAAUCAAGUCGCCCUGAAAUGGACUUACAACAAAUUAGAAAGAAACCACGUCUUGAUAAAGGUAAUUUUUCAAAUAUUAAAUUUAUUUUAAAUGAUCUAGAUGCAAACACACAAAAACUUUUACAAAUUGAACGUUCUACAUUUGAUGCAAAUGAUAUUGCUUUAAUCCAAGUGAUCAGAAACAAUCUAGACAAAUGUUUAAACAAGUAAAUUAUACAUAUAAAAGAGUUUUUGUUUUGUUUAUUAUUAAAAUUAUAUUAAACUUAAAUUUUAUAUACACAAUUUUUAACUUAUAAAAUAAAACUAUCUUUAAAACUAAAUUAUAAAA